UGAAGCGGAACAGUUUGUGAGCUAUGUUUGUGCUACUCGUUGUUUUUGUCGUCGCGUCGCGGACUUGUGCUCAAGAUCAGUCUUUGAGCACGGUGUCUCCAUCUAAUUCACCACCCAUGCCGUUUAUGGACUUGUUUACCGGUGCAUCAAACUUUUAUUCAGAACCUAUACGAAAGACAUAUUCUGACCCACCGCACUAUGUGUCGUGUCCUAAAUCCGACACAUUAUCAACUUUUGCAAAUAUUCUCGGCAGUGUCGGUAAAAUUAUGUUCUCAGCUGCGCUCAUUGCAUUUCUAAAAGUGAUCGUAGGGAAAUUGCUGCUGUUACCAGUUGUGUUCCUAUUAUUUGUUAAAAUUGGAUUCAAAGCGUUCCUCCUCUGGCCGAUGAUAUCGAAAAUGAUGAAAUAUUUCAAGAAGAAAAAGAAGAAAGGUUAUAAGUCUCGAGUAAUCACGGAUUGCUCACAAAGAAUGGCUUGUAUCAUUCAAAGGUCUGCGUCGAGUACUUGGGCUAACUACAUAGGUGCAACAGCAACGUUCUUCUUAAUUGACGACCUAGAAGAGGAUAGUUCUCUUGCCAAAAGCAUGCUUAGUAUUUUAUCCGACGAUAAAAUAGCUCAGUGCAUGUCUCUGGACUGUAGUUCCGGAAUCGAUAUUAGCUGACAUCUUAAUGUUUACUAACAUUCAAGUAUGUAGGACAAUGCAGUUGCUUCAUUCACAUCGUGACCCAGAUAUUGUGCGGCUAACAUGAACUGCCAACUUGCAAUUUAUCGAUGUUUCACUAAUUUAUAAGUAAGCGUGUUUAGGUA